GACAACAGGAAGUGGCUGCAUACUGGUUUAAUCGCUGUUUUAUGCACUCUUCGUCUCAGCUGACAGACAGACAGCUCGGGAGCCGCGCAAGAUUGUAAAGACGCAGAAACUCAUGACUACAGCUUUAAUCGAUACUCGCCAGGAUGACGGCGCCUGAGGAGGCCUGAGCUCGGGUUCACACAGCGGUCGUCCUUGUCAAGACAUCCAGACAAGCGGUCGAGCAGCUCGACACUGACUGGACGACGCUGCCUAUUUAUAGCAGAAGUAGGAAAAUAUCCGGAACAUCAAACAUGCCGGGUCUAACGUGAAGGCUGAAGUUCUUCUGUAAUGCUGCUGUAUCCAGCCUGAACCAUGAACUCGGUGUCUCCCAGUGGUGUUCAGUACAUAGUGGGCGGCGGCACUCAUGAGGACAGGCCCUCAGCGCAGUCCAGACGCCACAACGGCCACGGCUCAGCGCCUGACGGCAUCAGAGAAGGCUCCGGAGAGCCCGAUGAAGUGGAUCGCCUGAAAGCCAAGUUCAUGUCCGCCUGGAACAAUGUCAAAUAUGGCUGGACCGUUAAAUCCAAAACUACCUUCAACAAGACCUCCCCUCUGAUCCUCCUGGGUCAGUCCUAUCUGUUCAAUAGUGAAGAUGAGGUGGAUAGUUUCCGGCAGGCGUUCGUGUCGUGCGUGUGGCUCACCUACAGAAAGGAGUUUCCUCAGCUGGAGGGAUCCAGUCUGACCACAGACUGCGGCUGGGGCUGCAUGCUGCGCAGCGGACAAAUGCUGCUGGCGCAGGGGUUACUGCAGCACCUCAUGCCUCCAGACUGGAGGUGGGCGGAUUGUCAUCCACUGACAGACGUUGAUUUUGAGGUGCUGAAGCCUCGCUCGCCCUCCCGUCCGGCUGGCAUGUCCCUUCCGUCUUUCAGUUCUUCCUGGACCAGCCCCGUUUCCCAGAGAGACCCGAGCUCUGGCAGCAGUGAGGGUCACAGGCGGACCCCGGGGGGAUGUCCUGCAGCCAGCCAUGAGCCUCAGGUGGAGGCUUUGCACCGAAAGGUGGUGUCUUGGUUUGGGGACCAUCCCUCAGUUCCUUUUGGUGUCCACCAGCUGGUGGAGCUGGGAAAGGAGUCUGGGAAGAGGGCAGGGGACUGGUACGGCCCGUCCGUAGUGGCACAUAUGCUGAGAAAAGCAGUGGCUAGAACCGCUGAGUUUCACAACCUUGCUGUAUACGUGGCACAGGACUGCACGGUGUAUAAAGGAGAUAUCAUGAGGUUGUGUGAGCUGUCCGAGUCUGGUGGCACAGGCUGGAAAUCAGUCAUCAUUCUAGUGCCAGUGCGGCUCGGAGGAGAAUCAUUAAACCCCUCCUACAUUGAGUGCGUUAAGAACAUUCUCAAGUUAAAAUGCUGUAUAGGAAUUAUUGGAGGAAAACCCAAGCAUUCCCUGUUUUUUAUUGGUUUUCAAGACGAGAAGCUAUUGUAUCUAGACCCACACUACUGUCAGCCAGUGGUGGACGUCACCCACGGCAACUUCUCUCUGGAGUCUUUUCACUGUAACUCACCCAGGAAGAUGAACUUUAGUCGUAUGGAUCCCAGCUGCACCAUCGGGUUCUACGCGCAGACUAAGAAAGACUUCGAGUCUUUGUGCUCAGCGGUCAGUGAAGCUUUGUCAUCCUCUAAAGAGAAGUAUCCCAUCUUUACAUUUGUAGAGGGCAGGGGACAGAACUAUGGACUGGAGGGGCAGAGCGGGGGGUCCAUGGACGGUCCUGCAAACAUUUUCUCAUGCAACAGAAUGAGCAGGAACAGUAAGAGAGGAAGCACAGAUGAGUUUGUGCUCCUGUGAGGAGCGUAUUGCAUGUAACACAGACCCUACCCCAGUGAUGCUGCACCCAACAUCAUGAAGCUGCUGUUCCUCACGUCUGUGCACUGCAAAAUAUAAAGCAAACCUGGCAUUGAGAUUCUCAAGAAAACCUGUCCGAGUCAUAUUUCACCCCAGAACCAAAGGGAAAAAAAAAGAAAUUAUAUUUUGCAUAAAGAAAACUUAGCAUAUUUUUAGAACUAUGUUGUGAUGUUAUUUUCAUGACAGUUAAGCACAUUUUACUCCAGUUUAUCAUUAAAGUAAUGCCAAAAACCUCUCGUUCUCCAUACUGUAAUGUAA